AAAGAAGAGCAAAGCCACAGAGCAGCUCAUCAGAUGCAAACAAAGAAGAUAGGAUAAGAUUUCCUUAUCAACUUGCAUUCACUCUCGGAAAACCAUCAUUCCAUUCAAGAUGGCUGCAUUAACAACCCUCUCCGCCACAAUGCUCAGCACCACCUUCUUAAACCGCCAUCAACCGGUUGUCACCAGUCUCCGAGCCAACACGGGUAGAUCCCUCUUUGGGCUCAAGUCAUCCGGCCGAGGCCGGGUGACUUGCAUGGCUUUUUACAAAGUGAAGCUGAUAACACCAGAAGGUGAGCAUGAAUUCGAGUGUCCAAGUGAUAUUUACAUUCUCGACCAUGCUAUAGAGGAGGAGAAUAUCGAUCUUCCCUACUCUUGCAGAGCCGGGUCAUGCUCUAGUUGUCUUGGAAAAGUUGUUUCAGGCUCAGUGGAUCAAACUGACGGGAGCUUUCUUGAUGAUGACCAGAUGGAGGCUGGUUAUGUUCUCACUUGUGUGGCUCAUCCUACCUCUGAUGUAACAAUUGAAACCCACAAGGAGGAGGAUAUUUUCGAGCCGUUUGGACAAGUUUAAAAAAAGUGAUUUCUUGCUUAAAAUAAAGAAGUGUUUGAAAAAGAAGUAAAAGCUUUGAGUAGAAGUUAACUUUCUCAGCUUCUUAAAAGUGCUUCUACUUGUUUAAAUAAACCGGUCAAAAAAAGCAGAAGACGAAAGCAGCUUCUGCUUCUUAAAAAAACAUGCCCUUUUUAAAUAUCACAAUCCAUCAUCGUCUGUUUGGUUUUUGCUAAUUUCUUUGCUUGUCCUGUGUAUGUACUCUGCUUUUUUACUAAAUAUGUUUGAUUUCAUUCAAAUUAUGCAUGACAGUUUGAACAUC